AGUAUAAAAAAUGACUCGCCAUGGUGGUAUAAAUCCACCAUCUCUAACUUAGCCAGUCUCUUUGCAAGUAUAGCUGCCGUUCUCAGGAGUCCAAGCUACAACACCGUAGCUUUCACUUUCACACCCAGCAUGGCAGAUCAGGCAUUUGUCACCUUAGCCACAAAUGACAGCUAUGCAAAAGGGGCCAUGGUUUUGGGGCAAUCCCUGAAGAACCAUAAAACCUCAAGGAAACUUGUGGUCAUGAUCGGACCCCAUGUGUCAGACCCAUCAAGAGCAGUGCUUCGCCGGAUCUAUGACGAGGUCAGGCUGGUGGACGUGUUGGACAGCGGAGACAGUGCACACCUGGCCAUGAUGAAGAGGCCUGACCUUGGGAUCACCUUCACAAAGCUCCACUGCUGGACACUCACACACUACUCCAAAUGUGUCUUCAUGGACGCAGACACGUUGGUGGUAUCAAACGUGGAUGAGCUGUUUGACCGCGAGGAGCUGUCCGCUGCCCCUGACCCAGGCUGGCCUGACUGCUUCAACUCCGGCGUGUUUGUGUUCCGCCCCUCCAAGGAAACCCACGGCAAACUUCUUCAGUUCUGCACAGAGCACGGCAGCUUUGAUGGUGGGGACCAGGGAGUUCUGAAUGCUUACUUUGGUGACUGGGCAACAACGGACAUCAGCAAGCACCUUCCCUUCAUUUACAAUCUCAGCAGCGUGGCACUCUACACCUAUGCGCCAGCUUUCAAACAGUUUGGUAGUAAAGCAAAGGUGGUCCACUUCCUGGGCGCCACCAAGCCAUGGAGCUACACCUUUGACCCCAGAGCACAGCGAGUCAAGGGAGAUGUCGAGGCGGCCACCUCACACCCCAGCUUCCUGCUGGAGUGGUGGAUCCUGUUCGCCAGCUCUGUGGUGCCCAUGAUGAAGCAGGAGUACGGAGACAUGGCCUUCCACUCGGGCUGUGAGGAGGAAGAGAUACGUCUUGCAGCGCCCCAGCCCACAUUGUCCUCCCUGGAGCGGAAAAAUAAUUGGGAACAGGGCCAGGCAGACUACAUGGGAAUGGACUCUUUUGACAAUAUUCAGAAAAAGCUUGAUUCUUUCCUGAAGUGAAAACGAGGGAAAGAUGAAUGUGUUUUCUAAGAUUAUUUUUUCAUUUUACAGAUUGAAAGUUUAAAAGUAGAGCAAUAGAUGCACUCAAACAAUGUAAUUGGAGCACAUUAUGGGUGUUGUGUUAUUUUUCACCAGCUAACCAAUGCUGUCAUGGGACAGUAUGCUGAUUUCAUCUUCUCCUUAAGACUGUUACACACUGUGAAACAAGCCUUUUAAGUUCACAUCGUGUUUUUGUUCCUUUUCAGAGGCUCCCUGCCAAAAUGUGAAUAAGCAAAAGUGGCCAAUGUCCAAUAUAGGAAAAAAAAUCCUCACGUUCAUGGCAAGUGGCCACUAAUUCAUAACCUAAUUGACGGUGCUUGUAUUUGAAAGUCCCUAGUUUUUAUGGGGUAAAGUACUUAAGCACAGGGGUACUAUGUAGCACUCACUUCCAAGGAGGCCAUAGCUGUCUCUAGCUGUAUUUUAAGUCAUCAAAAGGUUACUGUAACACAGAAAUCUGUUACUCCAUUUCUGUGACUCUUUGAUGUUUUUGAUUCAUAUUACUUCCCAACUGAGUGGAAUCAUUUGUGGAUUGUAUAAUCUUAAAAUAUCUUGAAAAAUUAUCACUGAUAAUUGGUUUUAGGUUCCCCUUUUCACAGAGGGACAAGCCCUGCUGCCUUUGUUGUGUCGUUUACAGCUCUCCUUUGCACCUACUGUCCUACUCAUUCUUGAAGCUUGUGGCUCUCUGAGCUGUGAUCUCUGUGCCUUUCACUACUAAACUUUGAGUGGCUGUUGCACUCGAUGAAAGUUUACCUCCGAAUGUGUGCCUAUGUUUAUUUUUUUUUUACAUCAGCCUUUUUCACGCUCAUUGGUGCCUGUGCCAGUUCCCUGUCACCUGCCAAAUAAAAGCUAGAUGAGAUUCU